AUGGGCGAGGCGACGCUGGAGCUCGGCGAGGCGGCGCGUCGAGCGAAGAACGACGACGCGUUCGAGGCGCUGCGGCGCGACGCGGAGGCGCGCGCGCGCGAGGACCCGCUGAGCGAUGGAGACGUGAUCGUCGUGCGACGAGUGCGCGGCGCGAGGAGCGCGCGGGAGGCGUUCGGGGAGGCGGUGUUGGACGAGACGACGGCGCCGCGGUUGACGGCGGUUCGAAUAACGCGCGGGGACGAGGGAGGGAACGGUAAAGAGGGCGCGAAGUACGCGUUCGUCGUGCGCGAUGGGAAUUUUGACGCUGGGUGUUAUGGGAAGUACGUCACCGUGCACAAGGGGGAGACGGUGAUGCGGUUCGAGACGAAGGCGGUGACGCGGGAGGCGCAGUGGGCGCUCGCGGGCGGAACGCGGAGAGACGGAAAAAUUACGCUGCGGUCGUGCGCGAGGAAGGAUGUGAUUUUGGAGGGGCGCGUGGAGAGGAAGUGCUCGGCGCUCGUGGCGUUUCGCGCGUGGUCGGCGUACGAGCGCGCGAGCGAGACGGAGGCGCAGUAUCAGGUGGACGUCGAACUCGAGUGCGAGACGUUGCUCGAGACGCUCGCGGACGGGUUCGCGAAGGAACUGCGGGCGAUCGAAGCGGAUAUCAUCGACGCGGGGCGGGCGAAGCUGGGUCCGCGCGUUAUUCCCGAUGAGAUGCCGUCGCCGAUCGUGCCGGUGAAUCCGUUCGCGCGCGCGUCGCCGAUGGCGGCGUCGCCCGAGCCGCACGUCGUCGAGCUCGAUCCGCUGCCGAGCUUGGAGAAGCGUUCGAACGACGUGAAUCCGUCAACACCCGCGGGCGCGAUCGGAAGCUGGCGCGGUAAGCACGUGUUCAACGAUAUGGACGAUUAUCCAUCGCCCACGGACGCGGAAAUUGCGGCGGUGCGAGACGAAGCGUGGCGAUUCACAUCGACGGCGAAAAAGUCGACGGCGGCGCGAGGAAAUCCUUUCGAGGACACGCCCGCGUCCUCGAAGUCGACGCGCGUGCCGCAAGCGACGCCGGGAAUGAGUGAUUAUUGGGAGUUUGACAACACCGUGGACGAGUCGAUCUAUGAAGACGCGCGAACGCCGAGUUCGUUCAACGCCAGAGAAGAUUCGACGUCCUCGUUUGAAUUCGACGCAAAGGAGACGAGGACGACGACGACGACGACGCUUGCGGGCAAGUACAAUCAAUUCGAGUCAGACGAUAUGGAGUCGGCCGCGAUUCGUAAGAGUGGUAUCGAUCCUAGAAACGUCGUCUCCACACCCGGCACGACAUCGGCGAUGCUCAAGUACGUCGGCCAAAUGUAUGUGUCUGAAUUCCGUUCCGAAAUGAACAUUCUCAACGUGCCGUACGUCACUCUCGACGAAGUCGUCGUAGAUUUUGUCGAGCACGCGGCGAGAAAGCGCGGUGAUCCCACAUUCAACGACCCUCGAGUGCAGAUCAAUGAAGCGCUUUCCGAGCAAUAUAUCAUGUCGAUGAAGACGGAUGACUUUUUGUUACUCUUGCACGACUACGGCGAUGAGCCUGGAUACGCUGAAGUGGCGACGUUGAAGCGCGCUUUGGCGAUUGCGAUCACGACCAAGGGUGCGUUGAGCUCGAGCGAUAGCGAGAUUUAG